CUCCACCCCCAACAUCCCUCGCCCUUCGUCUGCGCUCGUCCAUCAUUUAGCAGGGGUGGGCGCAGGCUACCUCGGCAUCACAAGGUGGAGCGCUGGGGGCGAGGGCGGAGACGCAGACAGGAUCAGGGUCAGAUGGAGUCCAGAUAGCUUGGGUGAGGUGCAGUGAGUACGUGCGCGCGCGCGUACAUGAGGGAACGAGCACACUUAAGGGAGGAGGGAGAGAGAGAGCGCAGUGAGGAGAGCGUACAUGUCUGAGUGUGUGCGUGUGUGUGUGUGACAGAAAGAGAGAGAGGAAAGCCAGACAGGAGGAGGAGGAAGAGAACGCAAAGGUAAGAGGGAAAGAAGGGGCUGCAAUAGAACGAGUGGACCCACAUUAAGAGCAAAUAAUGGCGGAGCCGGAGCUGAAAUUACGGAGCAGCCGGGAAAGCGUUACCAAGGACAAGAUGGGGGAAGCAGACCCAGACCAAGAUGACCAGAUUGCUGAGAAAGUUCCUCCGUCUGCUCCCUUGAGCCCGUCCGACUCGCCACCUGAUAAAGGGCAGAAGAUCGAACUCAAGCGCAGCAUCACACUCUUCAACGGCGUGGGCAUAAUCAUAGGCACCAUCAUCGGCUCGGGCAUCUUCGUUACGCCGACGGGCGUGGUCAAAGAAACGGGCUCGGCCGGACUCUCCUUGAUCAUCUGGUCUGUCUGCGGGGUGAUCUCCACCAUGGGGGCGCUCUGCUACGCCGAGCUGGGCACCACCAUCACUAGGUCCGGUGGCGACUACACGUACAUACUGGAGGUGUAUGGCGAGCUGGCCGCCUUCCUCAAGCUCUGGGUGGAGAUGCUCAUCAUCCGGCCGUCGUCGCAGUACGUGGUGUCGCUGGUGUUUGCCACGUACCUCCUCAAACCCAUCUACCCCAACUGUGCUGUGCCCGACAGUGCCGCCAAGCUCAUCGCCUGUCUGUGUCUCACUGCCCUGACCUUUGUCAACUGUAUCAGUGUGAGAGCCGCCACCAAGGUCCAAGACUUGUUCACGGUGUCCAAACUGCUCGCGCUGAUCAUAAUCAUUCUCUUUGGCUUCAUACAGAUCUUCACAGGUGACGUGCAAUACCUGACACCAGAGAAGGCCUUUGAAGGCAGCAAAGUGGGUGUUGACAAUAUUGUCUUGGCCCUGUACAGUGGUUUGUUUGCUUUUGGAGGCUGGAAUUACCUGAAUUACGUAACCGAGGAGAUGAUCAAUCCCGAGAGAAAUCUGCCCCUGUCAAUCAUCAUCUCCAUGCCCAUUGUGACGGUUGUGUACAUCCUGACCAACUUGGCCUACUUCACAACCAUUUCUCCUCAAGACAUGGUUGAGUCGGAGGCUGUCGCCGUGAGUUUUGGCGAGUACCAUCUGGGUGUGAUGUCUUGGCUGAUUCCAGUGUUUGUGGGGCUAUCUUGUUUUGGAGCUGUAAAUGGAUCCCUGUUUACAUCAGCACGUUUGUUCUACGCUGGAGCUCGCGAGGGUCAACUUCCUGCUGCUUUGGGGCUGGUCCACACAGACCUUUUCACACCAGUGCCAUCCCUCAUCUUCACAUGUGUGCUGUCCAUGCUUUACACCAUCUCUCAGGACAUCUUCUCUGUCAUCAAUCUGUUCAGCUUCUUCACUUGGCUCUGUGUUGGCAUGGCCAUCGCCGGGAUGCUCUGGCUGCGAUUUAAAAAGCCCAACCUCAGAAGGCCAAUAAAGAUCUGGCUAUUUAUCCCUGUGACUUUUGUCCUGGGCUGCGUCUUCAUGAUCAUCGUGUCCUUCUGGGCGGCUCCCAUCGAGUGCCUGAUAGGCUGCAGCAUCAUUCUCACGGGGAUCCCGGCGUACCUGCUGGGCUACAAGUGGAAGAAGCCGCGUGUGCUCAAGAAGAUGCUCGAAAUCUUCACCAUGUUCUGCCAGAAGAUAUUCCUGGCCGUCCCUGAGGAAAAGCACGACGAAACCGACGAAUCGGAAUAACGGCGGAUGAUCCGCAACCAGCUCAACAACUCAUGGCUCAACAUUUUGUUUACUUGAACAUUUGCAGUUUUUCAUGGUAUUUGGUGUUUUGUUCUAUUUUUCAUUUGUGGAGGAACUUUGUAAUCUUGGUCAAGGAGGGUUUACGUGAAUGUAUGCACUUUUGUUCAAAGUGUGUAUCAGCUAAAACACACGCUUCUGUGCAUCCUAAUUGUAUUCAUUGUAGACUAUGAGAAGCUGCAUACAACGCACACUAUAGUGGCCUAAAAUGUACACAGUUAUGUUUCAGUGUUGCUGGUCUCACACAUGUUUUAGUAGGAUUUGACACAAAAUGAAGGUGGAAAAAAAAAUGUCCUUUCUCCCUCUUGUCCUUUAAAUCAAAGCCACAUAUUGCAGUCAGCCAUAUUUAUAGAGCGAUAAAGUGCUGAAAUUUAGUUUGGCUUCCUACUACAUUUUUGUGAGACCAUGUUCAGAAUGUUUCAUUGAGAUAAACGACAACAACAAAAAAACACAUUACACAUAUGUAAUCUUGGUGUGACUAGACUAACACAACUGAUCAAAAUUGGAAGGAAAGCGGUUAGCCGAUAGUUACACCUUACUAAUAUAAUGUAUGUGUUAAUGAUCCUUUUCCAUAUUUGUAUCCAUUUGUACAUGAAUCACAAAUGUGUGUGUGUGUGUCUGUGUAUGUAUAUGUGCGCACUGAUUUUAUGCUGUUGUGUUUCUUUACUGUAAGUUUCACGUGAAAAGGGCAAAGCUUUUCUGUGUGACCACUAGGGAUGGGCAUUUGAAGGAAACUAACGAUUAAUCAAUAGUUUACGUUUACAUUUUUUUUUUGGAAUGUUCCAAGUUGGCACGGCCGUGUUUGCGUGGACACUGCGGCCUCCUCCCACAUUCCAAAAACAUGAAAGUUCCAUUGGUGAAGUGUGAAUGUUUGCGUAUAUGUGAUUAUCUGUGAUUGAAGUCAAGGAUGGACCCCGCCGCUCACCUCAGUCGCAGCUUACCUGCGACCAUGUGGACAAGCGCUAUUGAACCUGGAUGGAAUUAUGUAUGUAUGUCUGUGCUGUGGUUAGCAUGUCUGCUUCUAAAUUCUGUGGUUCUGGGUUCGAAUCUCAGCUCCAGGCUUCCUGUGUGGAGUUUCCAUCUUCCACUGAGAUUCCAAAAACAUGCGUAUUAGGUUCACUGAAGACAUAAUUGUCCAUAGGUCUUGCGUUUGAAAGGUUGUUUGUCUGCCUUGCAACCGACUGGUGACCAGUCCAGGGUGUACCCCGGCUCUCACCCAAAAUCAGCUGGGAUAGGCUGCAGCACACGCGCGACCAUAAUGAUAAACUCACCCAUGACUCUGCUGCAGUGGACUCCGAUUUUUGCCUUCAUUGAAUCAAGAUUAAGACAAAAUAAUAUUUCAACAAUAAUCAAUAAUCAAUUAAUGGAUUAUUGUGUCUGUCCCGAGUGACGACGCUAGAUAAGAGCUUCUGUGUAGAAGGCUUUACAAAGAUCGAUGGCAGACUAUACUGUUUAUACUGUACAGACGGAAGCAAGCGCCACCGUCGUGUUUGUAUUUUGGAUUGUACCUAUUAAAGGUGGCACGGUCGUCCACUGGUUAGCACGUCUGCCUCACAGUUCUGAGGACCGGGGUUCAAAUCCCGGCCCCGCCUGUGUGGAGUUUGCAUGUUCUCCCCAUGCCUGCGUGGGUUUUCUCCGGGUACUCCGUUUUCCUCCCACAUCCCAAAAACAUGCAGGGUAGGUUAAUUGAAGAUGCUAAAUUACCCGUAGGUAUGAAUGUGAAUGCGAAUGGUUGUUUGUCGUCGAAGCAAGUGGGACAUUGAUGUGAAUACAAGCAAGCCCUGUAAGCCUUCCAUUUUAACCAUGGAUAUUAAGCACAACAAUAAACACAAUAGACGGAUGGAUUGAUUGAUGAAUGUCUUCAGUGAACAAAUUGGAUCCAAAUAUAUACAGUAUAUAAAAAGAACCAUUGACUGUGCCACUAAAAAGUUUGUAGAAGCAACUCCCAUGUGAUGUGUGUGCAUCAUUAAUGACGUUGGUUGGGGCAACGAUUGGUGUAAAAUGCUUGCUCCUUUCUUGUCUCAUCUUAUUACUUGUAUGUUUGUGUCUGUGUCUGCAGCUGUCAGGAAAACUCAUAUCCGCCUAAGGGGGAAAUGAAAGGGUCUGAUGGUGGCUGAUAGAAGCAGUGCCACUGUGGGGAAUAAUAUUACAGAUAGGACAUAGGACAGGCAAUAUUGGACUAGUACUUGUGACUUUCUAUGUCAACUACGGCGAUUUUUAACUACAGCAGUCCAAAUAUAAUAUUGAAGGUUUGUAUAAAUGUACUACCGGUUGCUGAUAGCAGCUUAAUGUUACUGGCAAGUAGUGGUCAUUGUAUAAAAUCAAAGGAAAUGGAGCACACACAAAAAAAGGAAUUCUUGCCCUGACAUUGCACUGAGCUUCAUGUUAAUAUUGGUGAACAUGGAGCAAGGAAAACAUCAGUAAUCACCACAUUAAAAUUGGAAAGCGAGCACAAGAACAAACACAAUGCAUUAAGUCCAUUAUCCACACAUACACAAUUGUAGGAAGCUGGUAUCAAACCUGAAAAAAAAUAAGGUAUCCAAUUUCACUUAAUUGGUGGGGGGGGGGGAAUCAAAUUUGCUUACAACAAAUAAUGUGUAUUUUUUUCAUGUAUCUAUGCCAGCAACAUAUAGUGACAGGCACAACAGUUGAACAAUGAACCACUAGGUUUAAUUAACUUGUGUACCUGUUCACAGUCAUACAAUAGAAAUAUUUCACACCAAGUAAAUUUGUGAAUAAAGGAGUUUAUCAAUAUUGUUUCAGUAUACAGUGACGCCCCUGGAUUUUCUCUAUUCGCCCCGCUUCCCCUCCCACAUCGAAUAAGCCAGGGUGUGCCUCGGUUCUCUCACAAAGUCUCGUUAGGUACCCAUUUUUUUAAAAUAAAUCCGGCCAUCGUUCAAAUGUCGUGCACUACUUUACCGGCAGGUGGUGAUGUAGGAUUUUAACGGAACUCUUUAUUUAUUUGAAUAACAAGAUGUUUUUCUUCCUGUGUUGUGCACUAUUUGACCGGUAAGUGGCGGUAGAGGUGCACGGCAUUUGUGCUGCUCUUGGAAAGUCAACGCAUCAUUUCACAAUGUGCGCGCACUAUAAUCAACACGCCUUUCAUUUUUUUUGGUCCAUUAAAACACAUUCCACUUCAUCUGUAAAUAAAUGUAAUCAUGAAAACCACUUUUAAG